CAAGUUCCAGUCUCUCGGCUGGUGAAUUAUUAAACUACAUCAGUGCUCCCUUUGUACCACAUCUGUGUCUUCCUGCCAUCCUUCCUUGCCAGUGACGGGCUCUUUCUAUCCAGCUGGCUGUGCAGAAGCAGAGCCCUCCAGGCCAUUAUAGCACCUGGUACUCUCCUUUGCUCCCUGCUUCUCCGUGGGAAAGGGAAUAGCUUCCAGAGAUGGAUCUGUCCUACAGAUCCACCAUCUCCAUCUAUAAGAGUAUCCUGGAGCAGUUCAACCCUGCACUGGAGAACCUGGUGUACCUGGGGAACAACUACCUGCGUGCCUUCCAUGCAUUAUCCAAAGCAGCUGAAGUGUACUUUAAGGCAAUUGAGAAGAUUGGGGAGCAAGCUCUGCAGAGCUCAACCUCACACAUGCUGGGUGAAAUUCUUAUGCAGAUGUCUGAUAUGCAGAGAUUACUGAGCUCUGAUUUGGAAGUUGUGGCUCAGACCUUUCACGUGGACCUGCUGCAGCACAUGGAGAAGAACAGCAAAAUGGAUGUGCAGUUCAUCAGUGAGAGCCAGAAGCACUAUGAGCUGGAGUACCAGCGGAGAGCCACCAACCUGGAUAAGUGCAUGGCAGAGCUGUGGAGAAUGGAGAGGGCUCGUGAUAAAAACACACGGGAGAUGAAGGAGAAUGUGAUGCGACUGCGCUCAGAGAUGCAGGUGUUUGUCUCUGAGAGCCAGAGGGAGGCCGAGCUGGAGGAGAAACGCCGCUACCGCUUCCUGGCUGAAAAGCACCACAUGCUCUACAACACUCUCCUCCAGUUUUACAGCAGGGCUCGGGGCGUGAUCCAGACCAAGGCACCGCAGUGGAAGGAGCAGCUGGAGGCCAGCCGCAACCCCUCCAACAGCCACUCACAGGGGCUGCUCGCAGCCUCCCACGGCCAGGGCUAUCCAUCGGGACGGCUCACUCCCACCCACCUGGAGAUGCCCCAGAGACCCCUUGGGGACUUUGCUUCUUCUAUGACUGGGAGUAGAUCCAGCAUCUUCUCUCCGGACCCUCCAGAAAUGAGACUGUCUCCUCAGCCAGAGUCCCCCAGGCGGCCACUGCGGAGGACACCAUCAGCCAGUUUGCUCCCUACGGGCCGUACUUCCCGUUCGGGUUCCUUCAGCGAGGCCAGCAGUGGCAGCGAGGGCAGGAAGAGGACUGGCAAGGGAAGAGUGCAGGCUAUUGUGGCCCAUGCCACGGGUGCCAACCGGACUCUGCUACGGUUUGACCCUGGGGACGUCAUCACGGUGCUGAUGCCGGACGCGCAGAACGGCUGGCUGUACGGCAAGCUGGAGGGCUCGUCCACGUGUGGCUGGUUCCCUGAAGCUUAUGUCAAGCCUCUGGAGGAUGCGCGGGAGAUGGAAGAGCCGGACACCAGGUCUUUCCCACUGCGAAGCAGUCACAGUAUGGAUGACAUCCUGGACCGUCCCAGCACUCCCUCCUCUAGCAAUUACUGGCCUGCUGCUGCCCAGCCCAGUGUGCCGAACCCACCUCCCCUCUCGGUGGGUGCCAGCAGUCACCAGAGCGGGGCAGUUACCCCAGUCAGUUCUGGCUCCAAGAAAUCAGGAGACCAGCCCCCUGAACUAUUCCCACGAGGUACCAACCCCUUUGCCACAGUCAAGCUGCGUCCCACAGUCACCAAUGACCGCUCAGCACCCAUCAUUCGAUGAAGCAGGGUUGCAGAUAUUGAAGAAUUUCAGCAGACAAGGAGAAAGAGGACAAGGACUACCCUUUGAUGUCCAGCUGGGCAGCAACCUAGUGCUACCACUCAUGGAGUCACCUCUCUUUUCCCCUCCCUUACCUCUGGGACAUUGGGACCUGUCUCAUCUGGGUGUCUGGUGUGCUUUAGCCAGCAGAAAAUCCCUGCUGCUCUUUUUGGACUCAUCCUCGUCCCAUCUCCCCAUGUGGUGUUAUUGUACUUGAGUGGGAGAAGUCUGGUUUUACACGUGUUGGUGGCCUGGGAGAGGGGAUGCUGCUGGUCUGGGAGGAUGGGGGUGGAUGGGUAAGAACAUCUGCAGCACAGGGCAGGGCCAGUUUAAUAUUGAAGGUGAAGCUUCGCUAGCCCUGAUGUGGGCAGAGAAGGACUCUCACCAAACAGCUCCUUUGCUACCAGAAGAAUGAACCCCAAAAGGAGGAGGCUGCAAGAAGGUUACCAGUGACAUGGUCUGGCUGACGGGUCCUGGUUUUGGUCCCUUUGGCAACCAUGUCCUUCUGUAGCAGCACCUGCCCCUUCUCACCCUCAGUGCAGCCCCUUGCCUUGCUGAGCAGCCCUGGAAGCAAGGCAGGAUAGGGUGACAGUGUCCAGCACUGCUGCUGUGCUCCCUCCCUCACUGCCCUGUGGAAAAUAUGUGGGGGUUUUUAAAUAAA